AAAUCCGGCCGCCUCCUGGGUGGCGUUCCGCAAACCGAAAAGCUGGCGCGCGUCUAUCGCGCCCAUGACACAAGGCCGUAUCCCACUUACUUAGGCGGCAAAACCGUCACCGUGGAUAUCGCGUCUCUCCUGAAGGCCCCCGACUCAGAUGAGUCCUCCGCUGCUCCUCCUCAACACGCUCGAUCUUCGUCAGUCCCCUCCACAACCGCAACCACGGCGGCCACGGCGCCUGUCAGCGGACUACCUCCGUAUGUCCCGCCACCCGUAGCACCGGGCUUGGCUGCGAGCGGCAAGCGCGCCAUGCCGCCGCACGUCGCGGAGUCUCCGGCAAAGAAGCAGAGCAAGUGGUCGCCGGAGGAGGAUGCGCUAAUCAUCGAGCUUCGGGGGAGCGGGAUGAAGUGGGAGGACAUUUCGAAACGUCUGCCGGGACGGAGUGCCAUCAGCUGUCGACUUCAUUACCAGAAUUACCUCGAGAGACGAAGCGAAUGGGACGAGGAGCGCAAGAACAAGCUCGCACGGUUGUACGAGAGAUUCAAACCGGAGAUGUGGGCGAAAGUUGCAGAGGAGAUGGCAGUCCCUUGGCGUGCUGCGGAAGCUAUGCACUGGCAGCUGGGCGAGGCCGACAUGGCCCGGCGUGCUGGCGUGGUGCCUUUCUCCCUCACAGCGGUCAACGUCGAUCAACCAGGCGGUAGCCACCGACAUUCGCCCUCUCGCGGCCACAUGCACUCGCAAUCCCAGGGCAGUUUACCUCGGGACAUUGGCGGACCUUCCCCACGAUACAGCCGACCGCCUCCCGGCAUAUCGCCAAUUCCUGGCGGCCGAGUCAUUGCUGCCAGGCGUGAGAGCAUUCCUGGACGGCCACCUAUGGGUUCGGAUCCGAACGAGGGUGUACAGCUGGCGGGCAUUGGGCCCCCGGGCGGCCCCGGCCUGGCUCCGAUCCAAGGCCUACCGCCGGGCCGAGGUGCGGGGAUGCUUCCGGGAGUAGCCGAACUGACAACCGGCGUGAGCCCGUACAGCACCCCAGCGUACGCGAUGGGCGGCAUGCCUACGGCUAGCCCCGUACCCAGCGCGAGGGCCAGUCCAGGCCCGCUACUCCCAGCCCUCCACUACCCUCCUCACGAGCCUGCCGGCUCCAAGAGAAGAGCGAGCCCGGGUACUGAGAUGGGCGCACGAGAGACGAGCCGUCGACGGCACUUGAAUCCUCGCCAGGAGGAGAUGGAAAGGCGACGUAUGGCAUGA